AUUUAUUCCGGAAGCCUUCGUACCGAUAAGAAUGCAUUAAAGCUACUACACCAAAUAGAAGCCGACCUCUUGGUUAAAAGUGAGCUAGUCAACCAUUUUGAAAAAAGUGAAUGCCAGUAUACUCAAAUGAGGGAGGUCUAUGAGGAAAAGUUAACAGAACUCAAUAACCAUAUAAUCAAUCUUCAACAGCAGCGGGAUUGUGGAACACAGAAAUCAGCUCCUUGUUUGGCGACAAUUACUACUGCUGUUAGAAAUGAGUCACACAUUUCUUUAGAGUUACGUGAGGCUCGUUCAAUUCAAGAUGUAGUACUCGAAUACAAGCUGAAGUUACAGAAACUUAACGCCGAAAAUAAAAAUUUGCGCGAAAAGAAUGCACAAACUUUACAAAAUGCACAGACAGCUAAUAAUAAGGCGAGAAGUACAAUACAACAACUUCGCACUGAAAUUGAAACAUUAAAACUGGAGAUAAAAUGCCAGGGCAAAAAGCUAAAGAUGCAGACAGAUAAAGCAUUGGCUCACGAAAAGGAAAUUCAGCAAUUAGAGAGGAGAAUAAAGACAUCGGUCGAUGCGAAGAAAAAACUGGUAGAGGCAAAUGAAGCUCAAAAACAGGCUUAUAGACGGAGAACAGUAGAAAUGUCAGCAGCAAAUACAUAUCUCCGGCAUCUAACAAAUAUUUUGCGAAAAGCUGCCAAUGAAGGAACUUUUUUAAAUGAAGCCACACUUACCAGAAUGCUUGAU